UAGUUUAUUCAAAGAAGUAACGAACGAAAAUCUAUAAUUUUAUUUCUAGUUCACACCUACAAUCGUACUGUUAAAUAUUAACAUCUCCCGAUCUUCAACCAUGUAAAAUGUUGUUAUUGUUUUUCGAUAUCUUUGUCGAGGUUAUAUGGUUUUAUAGCUAAAUCCAACGGUUUCACAAAAAAAAAAAUCAUCUUAUCACCCUUAUCAGCUUUACAAUUUUUAGUAAUAAAUUAAACACUAUAAUAUUAAUACCAGUUUUAAUUUUUUCAAAUUCACAUUGUUACAAACACAUUGUUUUGCUGCAGUGAAUUGUUAUUGUUAUUUUAUUUUUCAAUAAGGUUCUACAUAUAUCUGUAGAAUGUUAAAGUAUAGUUUAAAUUGUUCGACUUAACCAAUUGUCCUUGAUCAUUAGUGGUUGCUUUUUGGCUUAGUAACAUGUGUUUACAAUGGACAAAAGUCAGAAUAUGGGAUCAGUGUUGGGAAGACCCGAAAUUAGUGUACCAGGAUAUACUAUUGAAAUGGGAAAUACCACUUAUGGAACAUCUUUGGAGGAACGUAUACAAGCGGCUAGAGCAGCUUCUUCAAGUUCUAAUCAGAUGCUUCAGAAAAUUAAUAAAGCAAAAUCAACUUUGAUGAAUAAUAGAAAUAUUGAAAAGGAUACAAAUUUUCAUAAUAUUGAUACUAAAAAUAUAUCAUUUAGUGCUCAUGAAUUAAAGAAAAAAAAUAGACAGCAAUGGCCAUCUUCAUCUAAAACAGAUUCUAAAUUAACUAAUGUUUCUUCAUUUAACUCAACCACGGUUAAAAAUGGAAAUAUUAAUCCUCAAACUAAUUAUAAUAUAAGUUGUUUAUCAAAACCAAUACAUAAAGGAGGGGGUUUGAUGCAACGUCGAUUAGAAUCUAUUAAAGCUAAUAAAAAAUUAUCCAACAUUAUUUCACUAGAUUAUGAUAAAAAUUUGGGAUCAACAAAAUAUUCCAAUAACUUUUCACAAAGUUCAAAUCGUCAAGAUAAUUUUACAAAAAGUCAUGCACCUAGUCAGUUUGAUAUUAAUGUUUCAACGCAAAAUGAGUGUAAAACAAAAUUAACAAUUCAAAAAAAAAAUUCUAUUGACAUGAAAAAUAAUAGUUGUAUAUAUAACAAUACGAAUAAAUUUACAAACUCUGUAACCUCUGUACAAUAUAGACUUAUUAGAGCUAAAGAAGAAAUGAAUGCCAAAUCAAAAUGUUCUAUUAAUAAUAAUAUUUCAAAAAGUGAAAUAAUAAAAAAGUCUUCAUCGUUGAAUAAUAUACAGCAAAAUAAUAAUUUACUUAACCAUAACAUUAAAAACAAAACGAAGAGAUUAAAUAAAUCAUUUCAAACUACCACAAAAAGUGAUUCAAUCCUUGCAUCAACUCAUAAAAAACCUCUUUUAAAUAAUUUAAAUAUCAAUCAAAUAUUGAAUAAACAACUGAUCACUGUACAACAAAAACCAGUCGUACCAAAAAACAUGAUUUCAUCUAAACCUUCUGAAACAAUUAUAUCCAAAAAAUUGGAAAAUGAAGAUAUUUUAAAAAAGAAAGAAACCGAAUUAAAUUCCUUUAGUUUUAUUAUGCCUCAAACUUAUUCUGUUCAGCAAAGAUUGGAAAAAAGAAACAACUACAACAAUUGUUAUGCUGAUACACAAUGUAACGAAAAUGAUUCUAUGGAUUGGGAAACUAUAAAUGAACCCAGCAAUAUUGUUGACAAAGUUAAUGACUUAAGAAAAACAACAUACUCUUAUGAACCUAUGGAAUGGACCCCUGAUACAAUUAUGCACAGUGAUCUAAUAAAUAACUGUUUAGUGGUUGACACAAACAUACUUUUAUCAGACUUAAAAUCCAUUACUAUAAUUAUAGAUAAAUAUUUACCUGACUAUAAUGGUUAUUUAACUAUUGUGUUACCAUGGCGGGUCUUACAAGAACUUGACUGCAUAAAAAAAAAUGAAAAUGCACUUGGUUACCGAGCAAGGGAAGCCACUCGAUGGUUAUUGGAAAUGCUUUCAAAUAAUCAUCCGCGAUUAAAAGGUCAACCCAUGACAACAAAUAAUAACAGUACGAAUGCUGAUGAUUCUAUUUUAAAAUGUGCCAUGUCUGUGAAAGAGAGAGUAAAUUGUGUAACUUUAAUAACAGAUGAUAAAAUAUUAAGCAUAAAAUCAGAAAUUAAUGGAAUACCUGUAAAAAAUUCAGCAUGGCUUCAACAUUUGGUAUCAGUCAAAAAUUCCAGCAAAUCUGAAAUAUUUCAAGAGGCUGUUAAAAAAUAUCCAAUAAUUGAAAACAAACUAAUAAUGCAAUUUGAGUCACAUUUGGAACACAUUAUAGCCAGAGUUUUAAAAUUUGCUGUAGGUCAAAAUAAAGAAUAUUCUAUUUUCACAAAAAAAGCUUGGUGGAAAAUGUAUUCACUAACACCACCACUUAAUUUAACAAAAUGUUUAUUAAAGCUUAAAGAACAUUGGGGCAUAAUAGUACCCCAGCAGUUUCUUAAAGGGCCUCUAAAACAAUUAGAUUGGAUGGAAUGUUUUUUUAAGGAUUUACAAAAGUUAAUAUCUGAAAAUAGUCUUAACUGGAACGAGAUUUAUAACUUGAUUAAAUAUUGUACAGAAAUAUUUAUUGCUUUACCUUAUGAAUAUUAUCAUAUUACUGACAUGCUUUUUAAUGAUUUAAUGAAUGCUAGAAAAUUUUUAAAAAGAAAAUUGGAUUGUGAAAUAAUAAAUGAUGAGUCAUUAUCAAUUUCUUUAACAAAUGACUUAAAUAUAUCAAGUGUUAAUUAUUCUUCUAAUAUUGAUAAUGUUUUACUGAAUAUUUUAAAAGAAGUUGAUAUGUUUUGCAUAAAUAUCUAUAAAUCUAAAGGAAUCAGUCAUAGAUCAUUUGAAAAACCCAAUUGUUUACUUUUAAAAACAUAUUUUUAUGAUGAAAUUGAAGAGUAUUGCCAAAAAAUAUCAAAUAUAAUUAAGGUUAUGUCAAAGUAUGUAUGA